AUGGAAAGACAAAAUGAUUUCAAAAAUGUACCAAACUUAUUCGAGGAAAUACUUAAAAAAAAAUGGGACGAAAUACACGAAGGACCUAAAGUGUUUCGUUACAAAAUUAAAGAAAUAAAUGAAAAAUAUUUACAAGAAAAAUAUUUAAUUCAGUUAAAUCCUGAUCGUGGCAAAAAGAGAAGGGAGCCUGAAGCUAUACACAGUCUUUCUCAACCGUUUGACGAAACAAAAUUUAAUUUCAUGAAGGCAUCAUCUAAUGAGAUUUUACUAACUCUUAUUAAUGGAAAUGAAGAACAUGUUUUCUUGGUAAACGUAAGUCCAAUUGCACGUUAUCACAUAUUAUUCUGCCCUUACAUGGGAAGUUGUCUUCCGCAAACAAUAACACUAGAUAGUCUAGAAUUAGUCGUCAAAAUGAUGUUUGCGUCGCAGGACCGUGAUCUAAGAAUUGGCUUCAACAGCCUCUGCGCAUUUGCAUCAGUCAAUCAUCUGCAUUACCAUUUAUUAUUUGAAAAGAGGACAUUGUAUAUAGAGCAAGUGAAAUGGAAUCAUUUAAAAGGACCUGUAUAUUUCAAGGAAGAUUAUCCUGUUCCAGCAUUUUGUUGCAAUAUAAAAAAACUAUCAGAAACUAUCAAUGCUUAUAUUCUUAUAAAAUAUUUAGUGGAUAAAUCUAUUGCUCACAAUGUUUUAAUAACAAAUCGAAAAUCACAAGAGACAGGAGUUCAUGUUAUAAUUUGGCCUCGGAAAAAAACAGAAGGCGCCAAACAGUUUACAGAUUUUAAUGUUGCCGUAUGUGAACUCAGUGGAUGGAUUCCUAUUUACGAUGAAGAGACAUACAGAACAAUAACAGCAGAACAAAUUGAAGAUGAAUUAAAGAAAUGGAAGUUAGAUGAUUUUUUUGAGCUGUGUGAAGGAAUCAAAUCCUUGUAUUGAGUACUAAGCAUUUAAAAUAUAUAUUUAUUAUGUUGUAUUACAACUAUUAUAAUAUUAGAGUGGAUGGAUGUUAGCAGUUUUCUACCUCUAAACAAGGCCUAACAAAUAUUGACUUUAAUUGUAUUUAACUCUUGAUAAAUCAACACACAGAAAGGAUUUUCAUAUCAAGCCAAUUAGUUGUUGUCUGCAGUCACUAGAUGGAAUUGUUUCAGAUUUUAGUUUGUAGGUUUGAGAAAAUAGAUGUUUGUGACUUAGACCUCAAAUUCAUCAUAGGAUGGAUUUUUCUUUCCAAAAAUAUUUAAGUUCUAAAACUAUUUAUUCAUUCACUGUAUGAUCAUUUUCUUUGAGUUAUCAAUGAUUAAAUAAUAACUGAAGCUAAAUAAUCAAGUUAUGAAAUCUAUUUAAUGGUUUAACUUAGUGGAUUUGUUCACUUUUACUUGAUAGGAAUACUUGAAAUCUUUAGAUUUGAAUUUUAAUGUGUUAAAAAUCUAAAUCUGUAUUAUGUCAUUCAUUUAAAAUCACAGAUUGACAAAGAAAACUGAAAAUUGACAAACAUUCCCAAUGUUUACUUACAGUGUAUCUGGUUUUAUCUUAAUUUCUAUUUAUUUAAUCUUUAUUAAUGUCCGUUUAUUUAUUAUUAAAAUUGUUAUAGACAGAAAUUAUAUUUAUGUAUCAUAGAUCAUAAAUUAUUUACUGUUUUUUUAUGUGGAAAGCAACAAAAUUACCAAUAUACAGGCGAUCCGCCCUUGCUUCGCUGCGUGUCGUGCGGUAGUUGUUGAGUUUAUCGCGAACAGCAGACAUAGACAUGACAUAAAGACUUUAUUUUAUAACUAGCUGACCCGGCAGACUUCGUAGUGCCUCAAUCGAUAAAUAAAAGACCUAAACUUUCCUAUAAAAUAAACUUAAAACAAACAAAAGGGAUGCGUCCGACGGAAGACACAUCAUAGGUGUAAGUCGUCGUGGCCUAAAGGAUAAGACGUCCGGUGCAUUCGUUUAUUUUAUUUAAAUAGAAGAUAAUAUGUAGUGUUUGUUAAAUCAAAUCAACAAAUGUAUUAAAGCAAUAAAGCCUAAAGAUUAUGUCAAACAGAAACGUGGUCGUUGUGCUAAUCUUGCGCGGUACAUAUAUCUUAUAGUAAUCUCCGGUUGUAUUUGUUUGAUUUUUUCUUCACAAUGUCUCCACCUCUUUGUAUGCUGUCCUGAUGAUGGCAAGAGACAGAUUCGCAUUCAUAAUAACUCGAUUAUAAGCAACGAAUCAUCCGAAUAGCAGACGAUGUUGAGGUCCAGAAGAAAGGCACCUUUUAACUCCCAGUCAUACCCGGUUUUCCACAGCAGCGGACCAUGGACAACACGCAUGACCAGAAACCGGUGCAUAGCUACAUCGUAAUCAGUGCAAAUAGACGACCUGGUGAACCGAAGUGGGAGCCGAUAAGUGAUAAGAAGAGCACUGUGUGUUGUUCGAAAGUUCCCUUAUCAAGCAUCAGAGAUCAAAUCGAUAGGUACAUUGCAGGCAAUUUAUUUCCUGAAGUGAUUCUAGUCCACCUGAUGCUUGCCUGGAAGAGAUCACUCUUAGAUACUUUUUUAUUUAAUAUUUUGCAUUUUUAUUUAGGUGUACAAUAAACCAUUAUCUCACUCUUGAUUAAAUAAAAGAUCUUUAUUGCAUAAUAUCUUUAAGAGUACAUAAAACUACCAAUUGUUUUUCUGCUCUUCUAUUAUUUUAACUGAUAAAGCAAAAGGAGCGGGUAAUAUUUUUCAGACAUUUAGUUUGUCAGUGAAGUAGAUUCAAGGCUACAUAAGUUUAUUCUUAUUUAUUCUGACUGAUACAACAUCAAUAAUCCUCAUUCUUAAGCUUUAUCAUAUUUGCUCAUUUCCACACCACCUUUGAGGUAGAGCACUGUUGGCGC